AUGGACUCUGCAUUCAAGGUCGUUAGAUAUCACCGCUACCAAGUGAACGACCAGGACUACCUCGUAGUUAAUGCGGCCCACACGGGCCCGGCUGACCCGCGUAAACUCCUCCGCGCCGUUGCCGAAAGCCUACGGGCAGUUAUCCGUGACUUUGUCACUUCGGUCACCGCCCGCCGGCGUGUAUAG